AACAAAUUUACGCAAGCGUUUGUUGAGUAAGACUUAAAUAUUGUUGUUUACAUAUAUUUGUUCAUACAUUAAAUUCCACGCCUAUACAUCUAGUAAAGAGUUAUCUUUUUAUAUUUCAUAAAAAUUGUGCUAAUUUCGGUCGUAGUAGAAGUUGGAGUAACAUAAAAGAUGGCUUGGCUCUCGGGCCUAACUGGAAAAGCAGAAAAUUUCCUUAAUAGCCUGGACCAAACUGCUGCCAAAGUGCUUCAUGAAAAUGAAGAAGAAGGACACUCACCAAAUCUAUCAAGAAAAUCAGUCAAAACUGAACAAGCAGUGCCUCAGUCGUCUGGCUGGGCCCCUUUCAUAAGUCCAGAAAAAUCACUACCAUCCCAAAGUGCUACAAAAUCAUUUGACAAUAAGUUAAGAGAGUUACCACAAGAUGCAAGUUUAAGUACAAAGCCAAAAUCAGAAUCAGUUACCACAAAGAAAAAAACUGAUAAAGAUGAAGCAUUGUUUGAGUUUUUGAAUAGCCCAGAACCAACUGAGAGAAGAAAAAUCACACCCGCCAAUAGCACAAGGCAUUCCCGACAAUCUAGUGCCUCCUCAGUCAUUUCAAAUAAAGGCGGGAAAAAUGACACACCUGGAUCAUCAUCUGGUAGUGGGUCAUCAAUGGUGCAUGUAGAAAUGCCGGAUAUAGAAGAUAAACUAGAAGAACAAACUACUAACAUGCAAACUGUCUGUAGUACAGGUAAUGAUAGCAGAGGAAGUCCCACUGAUAUGGACAUGGCUGCUCUAGAAGAUGCCAUGCAAGACCAGUCACCUAGCAACAGUGUCCAUAGCAACCAGGAUAUAGAAUCCAGGGAUAAUCCUAUGACAUCAUCAUCACUAGAUCUGGAGAAUAGACUUCUCAAGAAUGAGAUAUCAUCAUUAAAUCAAGAAAUGACAUCUCUUGUACAGAGAGCAAAGGACUCAGAAUCAGAUUUGGCCAAGUUACGUGAGAAAUUAAAGGAUCAGUCUAGAAAUGUAUCAAAGUCUGACCAGUCAGUGAGGGAGUUACAGAAUAGGGAACAGGAUUUGUUGGAGGCCAUAGGGGCCAAGGAUUCUCAACUAGGGGUGUUGAGAAUCAGGCUAGAAGAGGCUGAUAGGGAGCUACAGAACAGACAGAAACACCUGGAGAGUUUAAAAUCGGACAAAGAAAGAAUAUUGCGGGAUCAUACAGAUUCCAGUGGUAUACAUGGUCAAGCUUUAGAUUCAUUAAGACAAAAACUAUCAGAGGUAGAGGCUACAUUAGAGAGAGAACAAGAAGCUAACAAAAUAUCAAGGCAAGAGGCGGCAGACAGACAGACAAGAAUGGAGGAGGAGCAGAGAAGUUUUACAGAAGCUCUUGCUUCAGCUGAGAAAAAAUAUAGUGAUGAAAAAGCCAGGGUAACAGAAUUAAACAACCAACUGAAAUCUAUGAGAAAUAGCUUAGAGUCUGCUAAACAGGAACUCUCAGAGUAUAAAGAAAAAGCAACAAGGAUAUUACAGUCUAAGGAACGAUUGAUUGCCAGUUUACGUGAGGGAUCAGGAGCAUCGGGCGAGGCAGCUGGUGUGUCAAGUCUGGAGUAUGACACAGUAAAACAGGAGAGAGACAUGUUUAAGGAGGAAAUACAACAAGCUAGAAUGACUGUAGAGAAUCUCAAAGUGGAACUAGCUGAUGUUGAGUCGCAGAUGCAGCAGGAGAAUGAUACGGCCCAGGAUACAAUACGAUCAUUGGAGGACAAUAUAGGUGAGGAAAAACAGAGGAGGGAAGACUCUGAGCAGGAGUUACUUAAACAGAAACGGGAGCUGCAAUAUGCCAUUGAGGAAUUACAUAAACAAAAGACAUCAUUCCAGAGUCGAAUGAAAGACAGGGAAUCUGAAAUAGAGCGACUGAGAAAUCAGUUGGCUACAAAGUCCAUGAGUUCAACAUCAGAAUCUGAGCUGGAAUCUCGAGUGAGAGAAUUAACAGAAAGUUUGAUACAGAAACAGACCAUGGUGGAGGCAUUAAGCACAGAGAAAAACUCACUAGGAUUACAGCUAGAGAGACUUGGGCAACAGUAUAAGGAUAUUCAGGCUUCAGCUGUAAGGACCAACACCACUGUGAUACCUGUACAUGAUGAUGAUGAAGGUAGAAAAUUACGGCAAAGAUUGCCACAAUUUAUGAGAGAGGUACCCACUGAUACUGAGGUGACACGAAAAAUGAAGAGAGCUGUGAAUUCCAUUGAUAAAUUCAGUAUACGUCUGGGUGUAUUCUUCAGGAGAUAUCCUAUUGCGAGAGUUUUUGUGAUCGUUUAUAUGGCCUUAUUACACCUAUGGGUGAUGAUUGUACUGCUAACAUAUCAACCAGAGAUCCACGGAGCUGGAGCAGACGCCAUAAAAUUACCCGAAGCUCCUGACAAGUGAUGGAAAUGUUAUACAAACACAUGUACAUACAGACCUCUGCAUACAUAUAUAAUAUAAAUGUUCCGUGCAAUGACAAAACCAACAUAGUGCGUUUGCGACCAGCAUUGAUCCAGACCAGCCUGCGCAUCCGCACAGUCUGAUCAGGAUCCAUGCUGUUCGCUAUCAGUUUCUCUACUUGUUAUAGGGUUUGUAAGCGAACACCAUGGAUCUUGAUCAGACUGAGCGGAUGGGCAGGCUGGUCUGGAUCCAUGCUGGUCGCAUACACACUAUGUUGGUUUUGUCAUGUUGCGGUUCAAAUAUGUGGGACAUUGCUUAUUAUUGCACAUACCUGUAAAUAUUAAAGCAGUCCUGUAGUUGAAAGAGUGUGUAAAAUUAACAUGAAAAAGUGAUAUCUAACAAUGUGAUGAUAUUGAAAAUAUCUUACUGUAUAUAAAACAUAAAUUAAUUUAUGCAUAUUACUGUGUUAUUUAUAGAAAUGAAAAAUUAUGUUUAAGGAAAUAUAACCAUAGCUUUUGGUUCAAGUAGAGUAUAUAUAAUACAUACAUCACAUAUGCAUAUACAUUACAAUAAUAUAUAAAACAGUUGGAUAUUUCACCAUUAUUUAGGAAUGAUAUUUGGUGAUGAAUAGUGAAGGGGCAAACCAUUGUGUCCUUGAGCAAGAAACAUUACACUAAUCACUUAGUGUUGCUUGGUUCAGGCUUAUAGCUUCCUUUAUAAACUAAAAUAAUUCUGUAUGAAUUAAAGCAGAAUAACAAAGCAUUAUAUGGAAAAAAAUUUGUGAAAGGAAAAGUAAAGUUUAGUAUGACAUAUGGCUAAAAGUAAAUGCAGUACUACUGAGCAUUAUAAAGUCUUACACAAGUAUGCAUGCCAUUGUUUACAAGGUUCAGGUUUAUUUGAAGCGUAAGAAUAAAGUGUUUUUUUGUAUAUUUGAAGUAAUGGUCAACCUUUUUCAUUAUGGAUUAAGAGUUAAUUCAAAAUUAUUUUGAAAGGUGGUUACUUGUCAUGCAAAAAGAAUUAGAAUUUUAAGACGUUUUUGUCAAUUACUGACAGUGUUUUUGGUGAUUUUUAAUAAGAAAUUCUGUUAAAUUUAAGAUUUCCAUAUAGCAUAAGGUGUAUUUUCAUGAUAGAUUAUGUUUAAACUUGCAUUAUUUUAAAGGUCUUUAUAAUCAUGUAUGUAUGUUAUAUUUAAAAUUGGGGCACAAUGUUCAUUUUUACUAUGCAUCACCUUUAAGCACACUAUAUUAUAAAGAGUGAAAGAUUAUAGCAGUCUAUUUUUUGUCUUAAAAAACCUCAUUUUGAGGUGCUAAUUAUUUCUCAGAAACUAGCCCUUGUACAUCAAUCAGCUCCUGUAUUUAAUAUCUGCUUAAAACACAUGUCCAUUCUUAAAUAGUAAUACAUGUAAUGUCUGAAACACAUGAGAUUAAAUAAGGUUGUAUAAACUUUGUAUUUUUAAAUGUAUUGUUUAAUUGAAUGGUAAAUACUUGUGUCCUAUCACUUAUUUACUGGUGAAAGUUAUUCUACAUUUGUCAUGUGUGCUUGCUAUCACAAACAUCUGUAACUUUUUCACUUUACAUAGGUAUGAGACCAGUAUAGAUCAUUUUAUAUGUGAGCCGCAUCACGACAAAACCAACAUAGUGCGUUUGUGACCAGCAUGGAUCCAGACCAGCCUGCGCAUCCGCACAGUCUGAUCAGGAUCGAUGCUGUUCGCUUACAAACUCUAUAACAAGUAGAGAAACUGAUAGCGAACAGCAUGGAUUGUGAUCAGACUGCACGGAUGCGCAGGCUGGUCUGGAUCCAUGCUGGUCGCAAACGCAUUAUGUUUGUUUUGUCAUGGCGCGGCUCAAUUAUGUAUUAUACAGAAAUAUUUCUUCACAGUUUGAGAAUUUAUCUUACAUCCAAUCUCAACAUCUAGAUUGGUAUGAUUUUGUUUCAGAUUUUGAAUUGAUCAAUCAAAUGUCUUACAAACACACUUGUUUCCAAAUUACUCACCUCCACCUGGACAUGUACAGUGUUUAAUUUUUUAUGCAUUAUAAAUUAUGUAUUGUUUGUAUAUAAAUAUAUAUUAAAGAUUGCUGGCAAUAUAAAGAAGUUGCUAGAACAAAUGCAGUUACUGUUGAAAUAUUUUUUUACUCAAGAAUCUUGUUGAAAUGUAGAUAUAAAUACAAGUUAUGAACUAUUUCAAUGUCAGGAAUUCUUCAUUUGUUGUGGUAAAUGUUACAAUUUUCUUCCCAAACAGAAAUGAUAUUUAAAUUUGGUUUGUGAGAAUUGAAAAUGUGUAAAUAUAUGUAUGAAUGAUGUCUUACAAACAUUGUUUUAAGUGGUAUAAAAGUUUCCUCCCAGUUCAAGACAUGGCUAAUAUGAUUUCCAUUAAUCAUAUGCCAUCAAAGCAGUGAUUCAGUUGAAUAUAAAGAAAAAUAAACUAUAAAUAUAAACAAUACUUACCAUAGCAGAGACUUAUUGAAAAUAAUAAAAUUCUGCAAUCAUAAAUAUCAGUAAAAUUAAAUAUGUUGGGUUUAGAAUUUUAGUUUGAGACUUUAAUUCAAAAACAAUUGUCAAAUUAGGUGAUUCGUGCUGCAUUUUUGUUGUUUGAUGGUGUUUAUUUAAAGAGAACUUUUCUGAGGAAACAGGAUUAUUCAUUUGUUAGCAUUUUAGAGUAAACAAAAUGCUCUGUUUGUUGUAAUUACAAAUGUGCCAUGAAGACUGGAAGUUAAGAUGAUAUAUAUCAUCAAGGUUCGUCAAAAAUUGGAAUAACAAUUCUCUGUGGACAUUGCUACAGAUGUAUUAAUACAGCAAUUUUGUUGUUCAUUCAGUUUUAAUUAGAUUUUUGUUCAUUUAGUUUUAAGUAGAAAUAAGAACUUAUAAUUGAAGUUUAUAAAUUGCACUUGUUACAAAAAACAAAAUAUUAGUGAAAAGAAUAAAUUUCAUGGAACACAUACUCAAUAUGUAGCCAUCUGUUAUCAUUUUGAUUUAGAACAUUUUUUUUGUUGAAACUGCUUGUGUGAGAUUUUCAACUUCAUUGAUUAAUGUUCUUGGAAAAAUAGCAAGGUUAACCAUUAAUGUUAAACAUAAAUCAUGUGAUAUAAGAAACUUUAUAUCUUUAUCAGAAAAAAAUAUUCUUGUAUGGAAUAACUCUUAAAGAUAUGCUCCAUAAUUUCAUCCUUCAAAUAAUAACAAAAAUCUGUCGGUAUUUAUAUCCGUUUUCUAGAACUUAUUGAUCUGUGAAGAAAUUUAAUUUUCGUUUAUAUGUUUGUUUUUAUAAAGAUAACCUAAUACCCAAGAUUUAUUUGUUCAUUUUGCCAGAGAAAUGCUCUUCUGUCAUUUCCAUGCAAAGUGAUUUGCAUUUAAAAUUGUGUAUGAUUGCCAAUUAUAUCAUAAAUAUAUUUUGCAAAACGGUAUGCAUGUGUAAGAAAGGUACAUUAAUUACUUGGUUUUGUCAAAUGUCCUUCCAAUAGGAAUGAAAAAACACACUUAUGUAUAUACAUGCCUAUAUAUAUAUUGUUAUUUAUGUAAAUAUUGCUUGUUACAGAUGAAACCUGGUUUAUUUAAUAUAUAAAUAAAAAGAAGGGAGAUAAUA